AUGGAGGCGUCUCGAGGCCCUCCCCGGGUCAAAAACAAGGCCGCCGCGCCGAUCCAGAUAUCCGCAGAGCAGCUCCUCCGUGAAGCUGUAGACCGACAAGAGCCUGGCCUGCAGGCCCCAACACAGCGCUUUGCCGAUCUGGAGGAGCUCCACGAGUAUCAAGGUCGCAAGCGCAAGGAUUUUGAGGACUAUGUACGCCGCAAUCGAAUUAAUAUGAACAACUGGAUGCGCUAUGCCGCAUGGGAACUGGAACAGAAGGAAUUCAAGCGCGCACGAUCCAUUUUCGAACGCGCCUUGGAUGUUGAUUCAACUUCUGUUAUUUUGUGGAUUCGGUACAUCGAAGCUGAAAUGAAGACCAGAAACAUCAACCAUGCUCGCAAUCUUCUUGACCGCGCUGUCACCAUUCUCCCCCGCGUCGAUAAACUCUGGUACAAAUAUGUCUACAUGGAGGAAACCCUGGGUAAUAUCCCCGGUACGCGGCAGGUUUUUGAGCGAUGGAUGUCAUGGGAGCCCGAAGAGGGUGCAUGGGGUGCUUAUAUCAAGCUGGAGAAGCGAUACAGCGAAUUUGAAAGAGCGCGAGCAAUCUUCCAGCGGUUUACUAUCGUGCAUCCCGAGCCACGGAAUUGGAUCAAAUGGGCCCGAUUUGAAGAAGAGUAUGGGACAAGUGAUUUGGUCCGCGAGGUUUAUGGCUUUGCCAUCGAAACCUUGGGAGAGGAUUUCAUGGAUGAGAAGCUUUUCUCAGCCUAUGCCAAGUUCGAGGCCAAGUUGAAGGAAUAUGAGCGCGCCCGGGCAAUCUACAAAUACGCUUUGGAUCGUCUGUCUCGUUCGAAGUCAAUGGCUCUUCACAAGGCCUACACAACCUUUGAGAAGCAAUUCGGUGAUCGGGAAGGUGUGGAAGAUGUGAUCCUGUCCAAGCGUCGGGUUCAAUAUGAGGAGCAACUGAAGGAAAAUCCCCGCAAUUAUGACAUCUGGUUUGACUUUGCGCGCUUGGAGGAAACCUCCGGAGACCCAGAUAAAGUCCGAGACGUCUACGAGCGGGCUAUCGCACAAAUCCCUCCUUCACAAGAAAAGCGCCAUUGGCGCCGAUAUAUCUACCUCUGGAUCUUCUAUGCGGUGUGGGAAGAAAUGGAGGCGAAAGAUGUCACGCGUGCGCGACAGAUCUAUCAAGAAUGCAUACGGUUGAUCCCACACAAGAAAUUCACAUUUGCAAAGGUGUGGUUAAUGAAGGCACAGUUUGAGGUUCGGCAGAUGGAGCUGCAAACUGCGCGAAAGACAUUAGGAAUGGCGAUUGGAGCCUGUCCCAAAGAUAAGCUCUUCCGUGGCUAUAUCAACUUGGAGCGGCAGCUCUUCGAGUUUGUGCGAUGCCGUACCUUGUACGAAAAGCAGAUCGAGUGGAACUCCUCUAAUAGUCAAUCUUGGAUCCAGUAUGCUGAACUUGAGCGUGGCCUGGAUGAUCUCGACCGGGCGCGCGGUCUUUACGAGUUGGGCAUUGAACAGCCUACCCUCGAUAUGCCGGAAUUGGUAUGGAAGUCUUACAUCGAUUUUGAAGAGUACGAAGGGGAGUUUGACCGCGUUCGGGCCUUAUACGAACGUCUCUUAUCCAAGACAGACCACGUGAAAGUGUGGAUUAAUUACGCCCGAUUUGAGAUUAAUAUCCCCGAGGACGAGGAGGAUGAGGAGGAAGCAGAAGAGCGACCAGUCAGCGAAGAGGCCAAACGUCGUGCGCGAGCGGUGUUUACUCGAGCACACAAGAUAUUCAAGGAUAAGGAGCUUAAGGAAGAGCGAGUGGAAUUGCUUAAUGCGUGGCGAUCAUUUGAAAACACGCAUGGCUCCGCGGAAGACAUUGAGAAAAUUGAGAAACAGAUGCCCCGACGAGUCAAGAAACGGCGUAAGCUGGAGGAUGACCGGUAUGAGGAGUACAUGGACUACGUAUUCCCGGCCGACGACCAAUCGGCGGCUAAUCUGUCCCGGCUCCUUCAAACGGCGCACGCGUGGAAACAAACCCAAGGCUAG